CUUGCAAGGCAGGUGCGGUGGCACUGAGCUAAAUUCCCAGCCCUGCAACAAAUUUUUAAGUGAAACGAGGCGGUCUUUUUUGGAAAGAGAUGCCAAAGAGGCAAAGAGGAGAAUGCAAGCCUGGUCACAAGCACACAGAAGACCAUCUCACCCUCUUGUGCUAAUGCAAGCAGGGAUUUCAAAGUGAAGCGCCUGCCUGUGUAUCAUUCCAAGAGUCCAUGAGUCUUCAAGAACGCAAGGUGCAGAAGAGCCAGUUAAACGUUACGUUGGGGUCCAACAGCAAGGCUUUGGUUGUUUGAAUCUGUUCGUUAAGUGAUUCACCAAGGUCUUUGGUCCUGCCAUGAAGAAAAACUUUUAGAAAGGAGGCUGCUACUCAGUCUUGCUGGUUACAGAUUUGCUCCUGCUCAUCCUCUAGGCUCUGAGGGUAACGUACUGGAGGAGUUAAGUUUCAGUAAGGUCCCCACACCACUGCGGUCCUCCAACCCAUGGAUCAGCAGGUCACUUGAAUUUUACGGAGCUUUACAUCAAAGCUCUAUUUCAGCAAUGCUUCGAGGAGACCAAAGGAACAAACCUUCCCCUUUGAGAAUUUUGGAAAAAAUGAUUUCCACAUCAUAAACUUCCUCAAGUUCAUCAGAAAAGCCUGGGAUGGGGUCACCAGGAGAACCCUCAAUUCUGCUUGGAGAAAACUUUGAUUGUGUUCGUAUGCACAACAUAGAGGGGCUUGCUCAUAAGUGGGAGUUACCAGUUGUCAAUGAAAUUGUGUCCUUGGGGAAGACCAGGGUCCUGGAGAUGAAUGAGGACAAUGUUCAAGAACUGGAAAAGGAGUAAACCCGACGCUGAGGCAGGCGGAGCACCGCGAGUUCAAGGCCAGCCUGGGCUACGUAGUGAGACCCUGUUGCAAAAAAACAAAAAUAAAAAAAGCUGGUGGAGGAAUGUGGCCGGGAGCCAACCACCAGCGAAGGGAUGGAUCUGCAUGGUGAAUAACAGCGAGAGGUUACAGAGGAGCUGUGGUCUGCCCAGGUGGAAAAAUAAAGGCGGAAUCUCUCACUUCAACCCCAGCGGGAAGAAGUUCCGCAGCAAGCCCCAGCUGGCGCGCUACCUGGGCGGCUCCAUGGACCUGAGCACCUUCGACUUCCGCACGGGCAAGAUGCUGAUGAGCAAGAUGAACAAGAGCCGCCAGCGAGUACGCUACGAUUCCUCCAACCAGGUCAAGGGCAAGCCCGACCUCAACACGGCGUUGCCGGUGCGGCAGACGGCGUCCAUCUUCAAGCAGCCGGUGACCAAGAUUACCAAUCACCCCAGCAACAAGGUCAAGAGCGAUCCGCAGAAGGCUGUGGACCAGCCACGGCAGCUCUUCUGGGAGAAGAAGCUAAGCGGGCUGAGCGCCUUUGACAUCGCGGAGGAGCUGGUCAGGACCAUGGACCUGCCCAAGGGGCUGCAGGGGGUGGGGCCCGGCUGCACAGAUGAGACCCUGCUCUCCGCCAUCGCCAGCGCCCUGCACACCAGCACCAUGCCCAUCACUGGGCAGCUCUCGGCCGCCGUGGAGAAGAACCCUGGCGUGUGGCUGAACACCACGCAGCCCCUGUGCAAAGCCUUCAUGGUGACCGACGAGGACAUCAGGAAGCAAGAGGAGCUGGUGCAGCAGGUGCGGAAGCGGCUGGAGGAGGCGCUGAUGGCUGACAUGCUGGCCCACGUGGAGGAGCUGGCCCGCGAUGAGGUGCCCCUGGACAAGGCCUGCGGGGAUGAGGACGAGGACGAGGACGAGGAUGAGGAGGAGGAGCCCGAGCCAGACCCAGAGCUGGAGCGCGUCUAGAGCAGGUGCCCUGCCUAGAGCCCGUCCUCCUCUGCUCCACCCACUGCACCUGGCCCUGCCGCGCUGGGGCCAGGCUGGGUGGCCGAGUGGAGGGGUCAGCUGGACCUCACCCUUCCUAGGUGCCCCUCCCCGGGCUCGGGGUAUGGUGGAGGUCACCGCCCCAUGGACCUGGGCGUGGAGUGUGGCCAACUCAGGCCUGCGGGACAGAAGGCCCUCCACACCGGACUCAGGGCCGCUGCUCCCUGGCUGUGAGGCAGGACAGUGCCAGUGGGCUUGCCCAUUACCUAGCGCCACCAGGCCUGCAGCUGUCGCGUUUCCACAAGCUGGAGAAUGUUCUGGAAACAGUCUCACCCCAGCUCUGCCGUGAGGAACACGGUCAUGAGCCUAAAGGCCAGCCCUUUGGGACACCAUUGCCACAACCCUGCAGCCCCCAAGCGGGCAGAGUUGGUGACCCUCAGAAGGGCCCCUGGGCAGUGGCCCCCAGGAGGCUGCUUUCUUUCAAUAAAUGGAUGACACGAA